AUGUUAAGAAGGCCAGCCACUACAAUUAAGCUUACGCCGGAAGAUGUUCUUGAAUAUGAUGAUAGUUUAUUAGAUCAGCAAAAUUCUCAGCAUCAUUUCCAACAACUGCAUGAUCAGAAUCAUAAUGAUUUUAUAUUACAAGAGCAAAUGAAUACUAAUAUCCACAAUAAUUCAAGCAACGAAAUAGCGACAAAAGAGCAAUCUAAGGAUGACAGAAUUGGGGCGACUAGAAAUAAUUAG